GAGAGAGAGACUGAGCAGAUCCAGUCAGAUCAUAUGAAGUGACGGACAGCGAUGCCAGUGGCAGCCCUGCGAGAGUACAGCGUAUCUCUGAGCAAUACGGACGCUUGAGAGAAUAACAGGGCUAAUUUCCGACAACUUCUUUGGAUACAUAACUGAACUCAGCAAAAAAAAAAAGAUUUAAUCAGCUAACAUGAGGGAGAAGUGAAUUUUGCACGCUUACAAGGGAUUCUCAGUAAUCAUUUGUCAUUUAAAUGGCAUGAAACGCGGAUGUCAAUAGAUGUUUGAAGUGCACAUGGAUGUUUCAGCUCUGCUUUUUGUGUUUACCUUGUGUGUCUGUCCAAGAUCAGCUGAUAAACCAGCAGUAAGCAAUCAUGGUAGAACCUGCUGGCUUUGUGGAAGCAUGGAAAGCUCAGUUCCCUGACUCAGAUCCUCCUGAGUUGUCUUUGAACUCUGUUGGAGACAUUGAGCAGGAGCUGGAGAAAUGCCGAGACUCUAUUAGGCGUCUGGAGAUGGAAGUGAACAAGGAGCGUUUUCGAAUGAUCUACCUGCAAACGCUUCUAGCCAAGGAGCGGAGAAGUCAUGACUCUCAGCGAUGGGGUUUCAGUAGGGUCUCGCAAGGUGAGCAUAAGCCAGCGUCCACGGAUGAGCAUCAUCAGAAAGCCGAUGGAAGCAGGUGUCUCCCUGACAAGAUGAAGCACACAACCGCUGCAGAGGAGAGUCAUGAGUCUCAGCCUUGUGUUAAGGUGGUGGGAUGUGUCUUGGACAGGCAGAAAAGCAGAGAUGGAGAAGUUGACGGGAUGUCUCCAUACAAAAAUAGGAGCAUUGAAGCUCCUCUCAGGCCCAUUGCUGGACGUGGACCUGCGCACCAUGAGGCGGAUGGCGUUCCAGAGUCUCCACCAAAGGAGAAGGUCACCACGGGGUUGGGAGUUGCUGCGCUUCGGUCAAACUUUGAGCAUAUCAGAAGAGCCAAUUCUCAAACAUCUGGUGAGGGGAAAAGCGAGAGGCCUUACUAUGUCAACAUGGAGUACCAUCACGAGAAAGGUCUUGUUCGGGUCAAUGAUAGAGAUGUCUCAGAGAAGAUAAGUAGUCUGGGCAGUCAAGCUAUGCAGAUGGAACGCAAGAGGUCUUUGCAUUCUGUCCCAGGUAAUCUGUCCACUGCUUUUGGGGACAUCCGUAAACCAGAGCGUUCUCAUGAAAGAGCAAUGGAGAGCGGUUACAACUGUGAGUACGAGGAGCCCGAUCUAAACCCUGGGUUCCUUAAGGAUAGUUCUUCAAGACUUAAUGGAAGAAGAGCAACUCAGCAGAACUGGCACCAGUCAGAAUGUCAGCCCUAUACGACUGUUUAUGUGGGGGGCAUUAUGGGAGAUGGAGAGGACCUCAGCACUGAGAGCGAGAGCGAGAGAGAGACUGAGCAGAUCCAGUCAGAUCAUAUGAAGUGA